AUGAGCAUAGAUGACUAUACCAAGAGCCUCUACCAGGUGGCGGCUGAGUUCUCACUCCCUCCGCCUCACAAGCUGCUGAGCUCGCCGCAGCUACACUGUCGUACUUUCCACGUCUUGCCUCGCGCAGCACACGUUGCCUUGACAAUGCCGCUCCUUCUCCUUCUGCUCAUGCUCCUUCUACCCGCCGAGCCCGAGGCCACGUCGUCCGCGCUGCUGGGAAUCAGCUACGGCCGGGUGGCGAACAACCUCCCGCCCACGACAUCUGCCCUGCAGCUUCUCGCCGGCCUCGGCCUUGGCCGUGUCCGCCUCUACGACGCUGACCCAGCCACCCUCCGCGCCUUCGCCAACACGGGCGUCGAGCUCAUUGUCGGCGUCCCCGACGAGUGCCUCGCCGCCGUCUCCACCCCCUCCGGCGCCUCCUCCUGGGUCCGGUCCGUCAUCCAGCCCGCACUCCCGGCCACCAAGAUCGCCAUCCUCACCGUCGGAAACGAGGUGCUCACCGGCGACAACAGCUCCGCGCUGUCGCGCUCGCUCCUCCCGGCUAUGCAGUGCAUCCACGACGCGCUCGCGCAGCUCGGCCUCGACAAGCAGGUCGCCGUCACCACCGCGCACAACCUCGGCGUGCUCGCCACGUCAUACCCGCCCUCGUCGGCCUACUUCCGCAAGGACCUCCUUCCCAUCCUCUGCCCGAUCCUCGACUUCCACGCUCGCACCGGCUCGCCGUUCCUCGUCAACGCCUACCCCUACUUCGCCUACGCCGGGGACUCCACCGGCGUCGACCUCGACUACGCGCUACUUGAACCCGGCCACGGCGGAGUCCCCGACCCGUCUUCCGGGCUGCACUACCCCAACAUGCUCGUAGCCCAGGUGGACGCCGUGUACCACGCCAUCGCGGCGGCCAACCGCGCGGCGGCGCGCGCGGUGGAGGUGCGCGUGUCGGAGACCGGGUGGCCGUCGGCCGGUGACGCCAACGAGACCGGCGCGACGCCGCAGAACGCAGCGAGGUACAACGGUAACGUCAUGCGCCUCGUCUCCGAGGGCAAGGGCACGCCGCUGCGUCCGGACGGAGCGCUGCGCGUCUACAUGUUCGCGCUCUUCAACGAGAACAUGAAGCCCGGCCCGUCCUCGGAGCGCAACUACGGACUCUUCAAGCCAGACGGCACGCCGGCGUACGAGCUCUCCUACCGCCUGCCCAAGGAGAACACCACUUCCGGAGCAGGCGGCGGUGGCAUUACCGUCGCCGGCGGGAACAAUGGCCACGGCGACGGGCCUCAGGACGCCGGCUACUACAGCAUCUCGGCAUCCCCAAAAGCGAACGUGGUGAGCUAUGCUUUUCGCUCUUGUUUAUUGCUAUCAGUAGUCUCAUGGUCCAUGCUUUGCAUCGAUUCCUUUUCGGUAAAAGCUUUUACUUUUGCGUAA